UUUCGAAUACAAUACACAGCCUUACCAUUAGAGACAGUAGGCAAAUAGAAAUUGAAUCCUUUAUUCUCGUGUGAGCUCCGAUUCUCUCUAGUUGCUCUGACAGUCUUUGCUGUAGCGUUCCCAGGGAGAGAGAGAGAGAAUGACGUUGUUUCACUUCUUCAAUUGUGCGAUUCUUACGUUCGGACCUCACGCGGUCUACUACUCCGCCACGCCUCUAUCCGAGUAUGAUACACUUGGUACCUCUAUUAAAUCUGCUAUCGUUUAUCUCGUUACAGCUUUAGUCAAGCUUGUUUUUCUUGCAACUUUUCUUAAGGUGUCGGAGACUGACAACUUCGAUCCUUACCAGGAAGCAUUGAAAGCUUUAAUUGGUUUUAUAGAUGUUGCUGGUCUUUACUUCGCAUUGACUCAGUUGACUCACAGAAAUAUCUCUCAAAACCAUAAAUUUCAAGCAGUUGGACUUGGAUGGGCUUUUGCUGAUUCUGUUUUGCAUAGAUUGGCACCUCUUUGGGUAGGUGCCAGAGGAUUGGAAUUUACUUGGGAUUUCAUCCUACAAGGCCUUGAAGCGAAUGCAAAUCUGGUGUUCAGCAUAUCUCUUGCUGCAUUGGGAUCCUUGAUGUGGCUUCGGAAAAACAAACCCAAGACAUUGAUUCCCAUAAUAUACGUAUGUGCAGGGAUUGUAGCAACCAUGCCAUCUAUCACAAGCUAUCUUAAGCGAGGCUUGGGCUGGCACUUCCCAAAAGUGGUUGGCUUCCAAUUAUCCAUCUCUCUGGUGAUGGCUUUGAUCAGUUGUCAGCUCUUUUCUGCUUGUCAGAGACCCUCAAACUGAGGAAUCCUACGACUGGAUUUUUUACCCGGUGAUAUCAAGACUUCUUUUUCUAUUUGAUUUUCCCCCGAGAAUAUCUGUUAUUUUUUUUUUUUGAAGAACCGAUGAUAACUGUUUUGGUUCAUUUAAAUCGUAGAAUGCAAGCUUAUGUACUGGUAGUGAGAGUUACUUACUUGUAGACUGUAGAUGUAUGUACCCACCACCCUAAUUUAUCUUUGGGCAUUCGAACUCCUUGGUGACUGCAAAGCCUGGCGAUUGGCGUUCACUUGCCUUAUGUUUUCCAAUAACGUAUUUUGUUCGAAGAUCACGAGUGUUUAAUUAGAUUCAACUUAUGGCCUUCUUUUU